AGAGACGCCAAGGCCGAUCGCGAUUUUGUCCAGAUCAGGUAAGCUAGGGGGGCUGGGCGCGGUCCACACGCGGGUCCAGGUAUAAAACGGCCGGCCCCCCAACCCCCAGCACCAGUCUCUGAUCAACCACGGACUAAAACCACUCAUCAUGAAUACUCUUGUCGUUCUGUCUGCCCUGCUGGCUUGCGCCGCUGCUGCCCCCGGAGCCCUGCUUGGCGCCCCCCUCCUGCCCAAGGUGAACGUGGCCCCCGCUGAGGUGACCGUGGUCAAGCAACAGGUGCCCGUCGUCCAGCACGAGUAUGUGCAGCGCGAUGUCCCUGUGCCCUACCCCGUCGUCCGCCACGAGGUGGUCCAGCCUGCCCCCAUCGCCGUGCCCGUGGCCGCCGCCCCCUCCUACAUCGCUGCCCCCACCGUUUACGCCGCUCAGCACCUCUCAUACGCCGCCAGCCCCCUCGCCUAUGCCGCCAACCCCAUCGCCUAUGCCGCCAACCCCGCCAUCGUCAGGGCUUGGUAAUUUAUCGCUAUAGAUAGAAUGAUUGUAAACGAGAAAAGUCUGCUGCAAAAAUAAAUUAUGAGAAAUUGUA